AAACAAGGGCGGAAAAAGAUUUGAGACCUGUAACUCGAGGAGGAAUGCUGUCUUGACAUCACAGAUGGAUUUCACUCUGGUUUUGAGCCAUCCAUAAGAAGAGAUAGUUAUGAGUGUGGCUGCGAGGUUAGAAAUCUAAGGGAAAAUCUUCAGGAUCAUGCUUACUGAGAGAUACUGUCAAAUUACAAAUCACAGAUUAGGAGUAUAUUUCAACUUCAGCAAUAAAUGAGACCCUUAGGACAGCUCUGGACCUCCAGGACACAAAGAGAAUACAUAAUAGUAUGGAAACAUGGAAAUCCAGAAUACACAACUUCAUCCAGAGUCCAUUACCCCAACGGAAAAUCAACAGACAAGAAACAAGUGAAACAAGCUUAAUAGGCGAAUCUCUUGAGACACUCCUUUCCCAGAAACGUGGACAAAGAAUAUUUCGGGACUUUCUCAAAUCGGAGUUCUGUGAGGAAAAUCUGGACUUCUGGCUCGCCUGUCAAGAGUACAAAUCCUUUGACACCCCAGCAGAGCUAAUACAGAGAGCAGCAAGUAUUUAUGAGGAGUUUAUCAGGGCUGACGCUCCCAAAGAGGUAAAUCUAGAUUUCUACACAAGAGAGAUCAUCAGCCAGAGUAUCCAGCAUCCAAGUCCAUCAUGUUUUGUUGUGGCACAGAGGAAAAUCUACAGCCUGAUGGAGAAUGACUCCUUCCCACGCUUCAUUCAAUCUGAGCAAUACAAAGUCCUAUUUAUUGCAGCUUCUAAGCCAAGAGGCCUUGGGAAGCAUAGAAAGGCCUUGAGGAUAAAGAGCACUGGAGAUCUAAUACAGCAUGAUUCAAAACCAAUCAUUCUGCAGAGUGAGCUAUCUUUGCAUCUUGCAUGUUGAUGGUGAAAAGCGUUGCACAGUCACAGGCUCAGGAACUACUGUUGACAGACACUGAAAGCACUUCCCCUUUCCUCAGAAUGUCAGUUCAAAAACAUAACAUCUGACAAGACUGAAAGCUGGGGCUGUGCAACGGAUACUGCAGGUGGUGCCAUCUGAUGUACAGUGAACAUGGUACAUAACCAAAAAGUAAAACUGUGGCUGAGACAGCCAGUGUACAGAAUGUAAAUUUUAAUAUUUAUGGUUCUCUGCCAGUGAAAUGCACUUGACUGGUGACUGCUGUAUUUUGCAUCGUUUGCAAAUGAAUGAUAUUUAUAAAAAAAUGUAAAUGAUUCUGCAUGUAUGCCUUAUAAAGCAACGCAAUAUACAGACUUUAUUUUGUGGUACUAUCUGUGUUUGCGUAGGUGUUGUAAAUGAUACAUCCUGUGCACAGUUGAUGUGCUACUGCCACCCAAUGGUGACUGGGAAAACUUACAAGCAAAAAUAUCAAUAGUUGCAGAAAAACAGGUUGUGUGCUAUAACUAGAAAAAUACUAUCCAUCACAAUGAUAAUGAUUUGUUUGAUUUGCUUUAUUUGUGUAGGCUGGGUGAUUAUUUAUGAACUCAUUAACUGUUCUUCACACUUUGUCUGACACUCGCUGUGAUACUAAAUGAAAGUAGGUUUAAUCUCAACUGCAAUAUUGUUCUCACCACAAAUAAACAAGCUAUGUGAAAGAACCUUUCCUCGGUUUCAGUCAAUUUGAAGUGCUGAAAUAAGCUCAAUUAAGUCUUUCCCUUAUUUGUCAGGUUCUUAUUUCACACAAGAAAACAGUCAAAUUGGUGAUUCUGUUAUUACUUAUGUUGUGUUUUAAUUAGAUUGUGUGCAGUAACUGUAACACUAAUCACUCAUUUGUUGUAAAAAAAAAAAAAAAAAC